AUGUCGAACCUGACUGUAGAGCUCACGGCUCCGAACGGGAAGAAGUACACCCAGCCCACUGGACUGUUCAUCAAUAACGAAUGGGUUGCGUCCGCCAAGGGAGAUAAGAUCACCAGCAUCAAUCCAACGGACGAAUCCGAGAUUGCUUCAGUGCAUGCGGCAGAAUCCGAAGAUGUCGACAAAGCUGUAGCUGCUGCUCGCGCUGCUUUCAAAGGCCCAUGGCGAGAUAUGGCCAGCACAGAACGCGGAGACCUGAUGCUGAAGUUGAGCCAGCUCGUCGAAGAAAACAAGGAGAUACUGGCCACCAUUGAGACGUGGGACAAUGGUGAGUCUCACCUCUUCCAAGCCAUCUCAUCAAAUCGAUGCUGAAUGAACCAAGGCAAGCCGUACUCCGUCUCCCUCAAUGAGGACCUCGCAGAAGUGAGCGGUACCCUCAAGUACUACGCAGGCUGGGCGGACAAGAUCCACGGCCAAGUCAUCGACACUUCGUCCGCCAAACUGGCAUACACCAUCCGCGAGCCCAUCGGCGUCUGCGGCCAGAUCAUCCCCUGGAACUACCCCUUAGCGAUGGCAGCCUGGAAACUCGGCCCAGCGCUCGCAUGCGGAAACACCGUCGUCCUCAAAGCAGCCGAACAAACCCCCCUCUCCAUCCUCGUCUUCGCCAACCUCAUCAAACAAGCAGGCUUCCCUCCCGGCGUCGUCAACAUCCUCAACGGCCACGGCCGCACCGCAGGCGCCGCCAUCGCCCAACACCCCGGCAUCGACAAGAUAGCCUUCACCGGCAGCACCACCACCGGCCGCGAGAUCAUGAAACUGGCCGCGCGCAACCUCAAAAACAUCACCCUCGAGACGGGCGGCAAAUCCCCCCUGCUCGUCUUCAACGACGCCGACCUCGACCAGGCCGUCAAAUGGUCCCACAUCGGCUGCAUGUCCAACCAAGGCCAGAUCUGUACCGCCACCACCCGCAUCCUCCUCCAGGAGGAAAUCUACGAGCCCUUCAUGCAGGCCUUCCAAGCCCACGUCCAGGCCACGAGUAUUGUCGGUGAUCCGUUCGAGGAAUCCACCUUCCAGGGUCCGCAGGUGACGAGAGCGCAGUACGAGCGUAUCCAGACCUACAUCCAGACGGGCAAAUCCGAAGGCGCGACCCAUCUCUCCCUUUCCCCCCAACACCAACAACAAGAACAACCACCCAGCCAACCCUCAAACAAAGGCUUCUUCGUCUCCCCCACAAUCUUCACCGCCGUCACGCCGCAGAUGCGCAUCUUCCACGAAGAAAUCUUCGGCCCCUUCGUCGUCGUCGUCACGUUCAAAACCGAAGAGGAAGCCCUCGAAUUGGCCAACAAUUCCGACUUCGGCCUCGGAUCCGCCCUCUUCACCCGCGAUAUCGUCAAGGCGCAUCGGCUGGCGAGGAAGAUCGAGGCGGGCAUGGUCUGGAUCAAUUCGAGUCAGGAUAGCGAUUUUCGCAUUCCGUUUGGGGGCGUCAAGCAGAGCGGGAUUGGCAGGGAACUGGGCGAGGCCGGGUUGGAGGCGUACACGAACAAGAAGGCGGUGCAUGUGAAUCUGGGGACAUGGUUGUAG